CAGUUUUAGAACGGUACUAGAUCCAAGUAAUUAUCACAUAGCAGCGUUGUUGCAACUAAUGCUUCAUUUGUACGACGUCAUCGUCAGACUUGACCUUUUCCAUCGACAUUCAAGUAAAAUCCAGUACGCUGUUCAUUGUUAAACAAUUUAUAGCGCAUGGACGACGUUAAAUAUAAUAAAUACUUAACUUAAAACUACUGAGUUUACUAAUAAACUUAGUAUUAAACGAUGGAAACAUUUGACAAUUGAAGUUCCGUAUUUAACCCAUAUUACCUUGAAAAAAAUAUUUUCUCGUAUUACGAAAAUUAGCAGCUACUUAAACAACAUAGUGGAAAAAGUGCACAUGUACAUAGAGUUGUUUGUCAUAUUUUUGCGACGACGUUAUGUUGAUUUUUCUAAUAGCGCGUUUUUAACUAAAAGUGCUCUUAGAUGAAAAUAACAGUAUAGCAUUUUUUAAUAGCAAUCUAAUCGCCUCUAAUGAAAAAGUGUUUAAGUGAUUAUAAAAGAGAACGGUUAAGAUCAUCAGAGUGCAGUUCAUCGAUCUGAUUCAGAAACCACAAUCGGUGCGAGUCACAUGUACUACAUAACGAUCAGAAGAGAAAGUUAACAUCAGGUUGUAGAACAAGAUGUCGAUAACUGAACAUGAAAAAUUGUAUAGUCCUAGUCAAUGGAGUCGUAGAUUUGACUCUUUAGGAGUACAGGCUGAAUAUUCUAAGAAUGCACGUAACAUGACUGAACUGGCACGCUCUGCUACCAGUUGUGAGAUUGACAUAUCUUAUGGUCCUUCCGAACGAAAUAAAUAUGAUAUCUAUGGUACUGACUUGCCAAAAGAUGCUCCUGUGCUAUUGUUCUUCCAUGGUGGUUAUUGGCAGGAAGGUUCUAAAGAUGUUUCUGGUUUUCCAGCAAAAACUUUCGUGUCUCAGGGUAUUAAGGUCAUUCUUGGUGGAUACGAUUUAUGUCCUACUGUCACGGUAGCAGAAAUUUUAUCACAAGUUAAAUCCUUGACUGAAAAGAUACUGAAGUUUGCGCUUGAAUGGGGAUCUAAGUCAGUCUGGGUCGGGGGACAUAGCGCUGGAGCUCACUUGGUAGCUAGUUUACUUCACGAUCCAGAAUGGAUGACAUUGAUAGCGCAAAAGGGAUACUUACCAUUGUUAAAGGGUAUAUUGUUAAUUUCUGGUAUUUACAAUGUCGAACCACUAUUGACAACAAGUUAUAAUAAUGCCUUAAAACUCACUGGAAAUGAAGCAAAGGUUCUCAGUUUUGGUACAAGUAAUACAAAGGUUCCCAUUUUGAAUAUUAAAGUUAUUGUCACAGUUGGAGAAUGUGAUUCUCCAGCAUUUGUACAAGAAUCUUGUAAUUACGCUCAGAAACUGGUGGAAUUUGUGGAUAAUGUCGAAUACCUUCUUGUGAGAAACAGCGUAGAUCAUUAUGAUAUAAUGGAGAAACUUGUGGACAAUAAUUUCAUUUUAAACAAAUUGCUUAUCAAGAAUAUUCAAUAACAGGCACUUCAAACGUUCGAUUGUUAACUUCCGACUGUUCCCCUGUCUUUAGGGAAGCACAGAAUGGAAAUUACGUGUUCGACACUUUAAAACUCUAUUUAGUAUAAUAAUUUCCCUAAUAUACUGGAAACUUUCCUAUGUAUAUGCAAAAAUAUUACUAAUUAUUAAAGUACUAAAACUAUUA